CCGUGUCUCGUCCUCGAGGCCUGCCACCCUAACCUGUUGUUCCCCGCCACGGCCUUGUUCUCCUUGGGGCCCAGGCUUGUCGGCGUUUAGUGACACUGACGCCCCACGGUCAGCCGGGCCCACCCUUGGUUUAACCAAAGAAACCUCUCGUUUCUAUGAUGCCAUACAGCGAAAAGCUGCUGCUUUUCACCUUUCCUCGAGCUCCACGUAAAAUCCCUGACGUAGGUGGUGCAAAGUGUUUCUUUUAUCGAGGAUAACGCGGGUCCAGGGAGGUUAAGGAACUUGGUCCAAAACCACUGAGAGAGUGAAGGGUAGAGCCUUGACCCCCCGGGGAGUGCUGCUCCUGCCCCACCUCCUCGCUUCUCGUACAUGGAAUGGAAGACAGCUAAACUUUCUAUACCCUCUUAUGUGUUUGUGGAUCAGGAGUGAGAACAAGCAGAAGAUUUCUGAGAAACUGAAAUCACAGUGUUACCAAAAAGACCUCAAGAGAUUGUGCUAAAAUGGAGGGAAGACAAUGAGAAUGAAAGAGUUGUGAGAAAAUCCCCUAGUUAAGAACUGCAUGAACUUAUUCCCCAAGAGAAGGAUUUACAGAAAAGAAUAGACCAAAAAUUCCAAGUUAAAUCCUUAAAAGUGCCUUCAGUCUGCUAAAAAAUUUUAUGAUCAUAACUCACCAGAGUCUACACUGAAGAGAAAUUAUAAGUAUCCCAAAUAUGAGAAGAAUUUUUCUUAGAACUCUACAUUGAUUCAACUCAAGGAAAUCAAGUCACAGAAGAAAUAUUUUAAAUGUGCUAUGUUUGGGGAUAACCUUUAUAAAGCUUUCAGACUUGGGCACCCUAAUACUGUCAUACUUCUGAAGCACUAAAAGCAUCCAAAGUGUGGGGAAGAUUCUCAUUGAAAGCUAUACUUAAAGAGUAAUUCAUUAGAGAUCCCCACAGGGAUAAGAAAAAAGAACUAAAGAUCAUGGUAUAAAGGAAAAAGUACUGUACCUGGGGAGUCAGGUGGUUCUGACCAUUACUAGUUAUGUAAUAUUAGGCAAGUAAAUAUCUCUGGGAAUCAUUUUUCUCAUCUGUAAAAUGGGAGGUUGGACCAAGUAAUCUCUAAAAUCUUUCCAACCUCUAAAUCCUAAGACCUGAGUGGAAAAAGCUUCACUCAGAGCAGAAAUGUCAUUACCAACCAUGAAAUUCAUAGUCAACUAAUUUAAUAAACAUAAGAGAUUUGUCAAGACAUUAUUGAAUAUGGUAAAAUUGGAUUUACUUUGAUAACAGGCUGCUUUAUGGACUUCACUAUUCAGUAAGAUGUCCUCUGUCUCAAGUUCUCAGAACAUCAGAAUAGAACAUAUGGCAGGUCCUGGAAGAUUAAAGACCUGUUCCAGGUUCUUAGCCCAUUGCCUCAUUAGCUAUAUUUACUGAAUUGUACUUUUUUUUUUUUCCCCUCAGCAGUGAGGUGAAGCCAUAGCAUUGGAAGAAAAAGAGAAAGAUCUUAGUCUAUCAGCUGGUUCCCUCUCCCUCCUUUCAGCUCCCUUUUAGAGACUUCUAGGAAUUCUUUGGUUUUUCUUUGUAUACCUCCCUUCCUCUUCUAUGCUUUCUAUUGUCCUAGACAACUUCUUUCAUGUGGGGUUUUAGGGAGGGUUCCAAGAUGCAUUCUGGACUUCUUUUCUUGCUGAUUGUCUAUACUUGAGGGGGACAAGAAGUGAGAGGGUACUGAAAUAUUCUGGAAAGUGUUCACUAUUAUAGUGCUAUAAAAAUAGUAGGGAGGAGAAGGAGGAUCCCCAACAGUGGCAAUCUUUAAAGGCUAUGACAAGGGGAACCUCUGAUGUUCAUUGUUAGGCUGUUACCUUCCCACCAAUCUAUACCACCUGCAGCUGCCAUUCUGUCAGUAUUUUACUACCAAUAUCUGUGCCCUCUGUGUUUUUCAACUUUUUACUUAUUGCCAUCCAAUAUUGCUGUUUCUCUCCCAACUCUUGUUUCUGUAUAUUGAAAUAACAUUCAGUAUGAAUAAGAGAGGAAAAUACACAACAUUGAAUUUAGAGGAAAAAAUGAAGGUCUUGAGUAGAAUUGAAUCUGGGCACUCUCUUAAAAGUGUAAUGGAUGAAUUUGGAAUCAGUAAAUCAACAUUUUAUGACAUUAAAAAAAAUAAGAAGUUGAUUUUGGACUUUGUGUUAAAGCAAGAUAUGCCAUUAGUCGGAGCAGAGAAAAGAAAAAGAACAACAGGUGCCAAAUAUGGUGAUGUUGAUGAUGCAGUAUACAUGUGGUACCAACAAAAGCGUUCAGCUGGUGUUCCUGUUAGAGGUGUGGAACUUCAGGCUGCUGCUGAGAGAUUUGCACAGUGUUUUGGUCGAACAGACUUCAAAGCCAGCACUGGUUGGCUUUUCAGAUUUCGAAAUAGGCAUGCAAUAGGGAACCGAAAAGUAUGUGGGGAACAAAUUCUGAGUUCAGUUUCAGAAAAUGUUGAACCAUUUAGACAAAAGCUAUCCAUGAUCAUCAAAGAGGAGAAACUAUGUUUGGCUCAGGUGUACAAUGGGGAUGAAACAGAUCUCUUUUGGAAGUCAAUGCCAGAAAAUAUUCAGGCAAACAAAAAAGAUAUAUGUAUGCCAGGGCAGAAAAUAAACAAAGAACGAUUAUCAGCUCUUUUGUGUGCAAAUGCAGAUGGGACCCACAAGUUGAAGUCAGUUAUUAUUGGAAAAUCAAAGCAGUCUAGGUCUAUUAAGGAUGAUGUAAAUACUUUAUCAGUGAUAUACAAAUCUAGUAAAGAUGUCUGGUUCACCAGAGAAUCAUUUUCAGAAUGGUUCUUUCAAAAUUUCAUUCCCGAGGUUAGAGAUUUUCAGCUUAAUGUCCUGAGAUUGGAUGAAAAUGAUAUAAAAGCAGUGUUACUCCUAGACAAUUCUCCAGCCCAUCCUUCAGAUGAGUCUCUAAUUAGUAAUGAUGGGAGAAUCAGAUGUAUCUUCUUCCCCCCAAACACUACAUCAGUGAUUCAGCCAAUGAAUCAGGGUGUGAUCUUGAGCUGCAAGCGACUUUAUAGAUGGAAGCAGCUUGAAGAGAGUCUGGUAAUCUUUGAAGACAGUGAUGAACAGGAAACAAGAGGAGAAAAAACAGUUGCAAAAAUCAAAGCUUAUAACAUAAAAAGUGCAAUUUCUAACUGGGCAAAGAGUUGGGAUGAAGUAAAGCAAAUAACAAUAGCAAAUGCAUGGGAAAAUCUACUUUACAAAAAAGAACCAGAAUAUCAUAUUCAAGGCUUAGAAGAUGGUGAUUAUAGAGAAAUUCUUGAGCGAUGUGAUGACCUAGAGACCAAUUUAGAUGAUGUCAGGGUGUGGUUAACUGGAGAUAAUGAAGCUCGUUGUCACCCCAAAAUGGAAGAUGUUACUAGAGAAGUUACCCAGGAAGAAGUUGUUGAAGAGGAAGUAGAACAACAUUCAGCAAAGUUUAAAUUAUCCAGUGUUCGAGAGAAUUUGGACUGUCUUCUUGACUUUGUUGAUGCCACGCCAGAGUUUCAGAGAUUCUAUUUUACACUGAAAGAGAUGCAACAAGAAUUAAUAAAAAAGCAAUCCCAGAGAAGAGCCCGUUCUAAAAUUGGUAACUUUUUAAAACCAAGGGUUCAUAAUAUUAAAGAUUCCUUUAAUUUGCCUUCAACUUCUGGGUCCAGUAAUUAAGUCUUCUAUGUCAAAAGACUUGUGUUUGAUACCUGAUACAACAGACGGUGUGAAUUGUCUUUUUUUUAUUAAUUUACCUCACAUUACUUUUGAGUGCCCAUUUAUAUCUUUAGUUUAUAUUGUAUAUAGUACUUGAAAGUAAUAAAUUUGCAUUUCUUUAAAAACAUCCUCUAAUUUGGACAUUUACUGCUUCAGACAGUGGAGGUUGUAUAGUGCUAGGUAAAAAAAAAAUGUAUUGAGGAACAUAAUGUGGGAAAAUCUUUAAUCCAAAUCCCAACAUCAUUUCCUAUUAGGAUAAUGCACAAAAAGCAGGUGAUAGAAUUCUUAGCAAGUAAACGUGAUAUAUAUAUAUAUAUAUAUAU